AUGUAUUUUCGUAAUGGACCAAAUCCCCACGUUACCCUUGAUAAAGUUAGACCAACCACUGUAAUAUUCCAUUUAUUAGCCAGAUAUGGUCCAAUGUCUGGAAAACAAUUAGCUUCUUAUAUGCCUCACUUUCCUCAAUUUAAAUCAAAAAAUUAUCUUAAACGUGAUAUUUUAAAAAACAUGAAAAACCGUGAUCACCUUUAUAAAAGAAAAAGUAGUAACGUCGAACUUACUAAAUUAUCACAAGGAGAAAGUUCUUAUCUUUGGUUUAUUAAUGAAGAAACAAUUGAUAAAGAAAAAUAUCUAAACAUACAUUGCUUAAAAGAUUGGGAUCCAAAUAAAAAUUCAAUUACUCCAACUAUUGCUACUACUACUGAUGCUACUAAUACUUCUAAUAUAACUGAUAAAAUUAAGGAUAAUCAAAAAAAAUAUAUUAAAGAAUCAAAACAUAUUAAAGAAUCAAAAUAUAAUAGAGAACCAAUGGAUAUUGAUGACUCAAAAAAAUAUAUUAAAGAAUCAAAAUAUUUUAAAGAAUCAGUGGAUAUUAAUUCUGAUAAAUAUGAUAAAUAUCAAGGAUUUGAUUAUUAUAAAAAAUCACAAGAUAAUCGAUGGAAAAAAAAACAAAUGCUUCAUUGGGAAUUACCCGAGACUGGAAAAAUAGAAAAUGCUGUAUUUAUUGAUUUCUUUAUGGAAUUUUGUUUUGAUAAAAAAACUGGUUUUUGCAGCACCACGCGUUUAACCAAACAUGUUGAUCGCCCUAACCAAAUUCCCCGUAUUACGGAAUUGACGGACUCGGACUUUUCUUGUUUUUCUGUUUUGUGCUUUUUAAUUCUAAGGCAAGAAUUAUAG